AUGAUUUUGAUACCAUCUCAAGCCAUGGGCUUUUGGGGAAUACUUCUGGUUUUGGUCUUCCUGGAGAACAGUUGGGGACAGGAACAGAUAUUCCUCAUUUCAGCACCAGUGGUCUUCCGCAUCGGAGUGCCGGCAAAUGUCACAGUCCAAGCCCACGGCCACACUGAGGCCUUUGAUGCAACCAUCUCUGUAAAAAGUUAUCCUGAUGAAAACGUCAGUUACUCUUCGGGCUCUGUUAAUUUGUCACCAGAAAAUAAAUUCCAAAACUCUGCCAUCUUAACAGUUCAGGCCAAACAGUUGGCUGAAGGACCAAGCUCAUAUUCAUAUGUGUAUUUGGAAGUUGUGUCGAAGCAUUUUUCAAAAUCGGAAAAAAUGCCAGUCCUCCAUGACAAUGGCUCUCUCUUCAUCCAUACUGACAAGCCUGUCUACAUGCCACAGCAGCCCGUAAAGGUUGGCAUCUAUUCCCUGCAUGAUGAAUUAGACGCAGUUACAAAGGAAGCUGUCUUAACUUUCAUAGACCCUGAAGGAUCAGAAGUUGGCACACUACAAGGAAACAAUCAUACUGGAAUUGUCUCUUUUCCCGACUUCAAGAUUCCUUCUAACCCGAAAUACGGUAGAUGGACAAUUAAAGCUAAAUACAGAGAGGAUGAUUCAAUAAAUGGAACCACACACUUUGACGUCAAAGAACACGAUAAAGCUUACAAAAUAACUCUCAUGCCAAUACCUGAUCUGCAGCACCAAGUGGGAAUUCCAGAUGUAGCCCAAGGUGUGAAUCUCCAGCCAGAACAUUACCUGAAACAGAAAAUAGAGGAACAAGUUUCUACAUACAAACAUCCAAUGCUAAAGAAGUGUUGUUAUGACGGAGCUUUACUUAAUACAUAUGAAACCUGUGAGCAACGAGCUGAACGUGUGAUAAUAGGUCCCCGCUGUGUCAGAGCCUUCAUUACCUGCUGUACCCUGGCAAAUGAGAUCAGAGCUAAUGAGACUUUUAAACAAAACCAUGUGGCGAAGCAUGACGCUCGCAUUCGGGCAGUCAUGUUGGAAGACUCCAUGGUACAGCCUCUGAGUUUCUAG